GCCGUUUGUCCGCAAAACUCAGGAAACCCGUUCCCAAAUCUCUCUCUCUCUCUCUAUAACGCAGAUUCAAGUGGGAAGGAAUAAGAAUUGAAUCUCUCACCCUCCUUGUAUUCUUCGUCGUACGUUAAUCUCUCUCCACAUUCCUUUUUCCAAUUUUCUUAUUGACUGUUACGUUGAGCCCGCCGCCUUGUCUUCAAUUGGCUUCUUCACAUUCAACAAUUUUGAGGCAAACCCAGAUCACCAAUCCUGAGGCAAACUUUCUGUGUUUUUCCUAAAAAUUCAAGCUUUGAUCUUCUUGGGAGGUUUUCCUAAAAAUAUUUUUUCUGGGUAUUUUGCUAUUUGAGGUUUUGUUCCUUGCUGAGUGUUUUUACGAACACUGGCCCAAGUUCGAUUUGGAAUUGUAUUGCAGAGGGCAUGAAUAGUCAAGUUUGGAGAUGGGUUUUGGGUUUGACUUACAUAAUUGCUGUUGCAACUAUCUGGAUUGCUGCUAGUUUUGUGGUUCAAUCAGUAGUAGAUGCAGGUGUUUCGCCGUUUCUAAUAACAUACAUUUGCAAUUCCUUGUUUGUGGUUUACAUUCCCUUGGUUGAACUGGGGCGUUAUUUGGAGGAUAAAUAUGGAAGUAUAUUCUUUUGGAGAUAUGGAAAAGAUAGUACUAGUUUGCUAGAAUUGAGAGAGUCAGAAGAGGUAGUGCUUCUUCAGGAAAAGGAUACAGUGGUGGAAGCUGAUGGUUUAAACCCAGGUGUGAUCAUGGAACCACAAGAAGUGGAAACCAAAAACAAAGUCAGUCUUGUUGUAGGACUAGAAAGUUUUGCUGACCAAACCCCUGUUGCUGAAGAAGCUAAUAUGGGAUUAGAUGCAAAAGGGCGUUGGACCCGAACUCGGGUUGCGAAGGUCAGCCUGUUGAUAUGUCCAUUUUGGUUUCUAGCUCAACUUACUUUCAAUCUCUCGCUGAAGUACACUUCAGUCACGUCAAAUACAAUCCUAAGCAGUGCUUCCAGCCUAUUCACCUUUUUGGUCUCUCUUGCAUUCUUGGGUGAGAAGUUCACUUGGGUCAAGCUGAUUAGUGUUCUUCUUUGCAUGGGAGGAACCAUAAUUGUAAGUUUGGGUGACUCGGAAACCGGACUUAGUGCAAUUGCUUCAAACCCUGUGCUUGGAGACAUUCUUGCUCUUCUGUCAGCAGCCUUGUAUGCUGUGUAUAUAACCCUUAUACGUAAAAAGCUACCAGAUGACGAUGGGAAAAGUGGUCGUGCCAGCAUGGCACAGUUCCUCGGCUUUUUAGGUUUAUUCAAUGUUUUGAUCUUCUUUCCUGUUGCCCUCAUUCUUAAUCUUACCAAGCUGGAGCCUUUUAGCAUGCUUACGUGGAAGCAACUUGGUCUGAUUGUUGGUAAAGGCUUGUUGGAUAAUGUGCUGAGCGAUUACUUAUGGGCUAAGGCCGUUCUUCUCACAACCACCACCGUAGCAACAGCUGGACUUACCAUCCAGGUGCCUUUAGCAGCUGUGGUUGACUCACUGACAGGAAAUGUACCGAAGCUCAUGGACUACAUUGGAGCAGCAGCUGUCAUGGUUGGCUUUGCUGGCAUUAACAUCCCUUCUGAUACCUUUUCGAGAUCACGAGAAGCUAGUCUUGAAAUAGAAAAAGAAAAUCCGAGUUUAACAGAUUAAUACAGCAGUUUGUAACUUUUCCUUGCAUGCUUUUUGCCCGUGUCAUUAUCAAUUCUUUCAGUGAGCCAUACGGUACAUUUCACAGGUGCUAUACACUGUGUACAGAAUCUUAAUUUCCACGUAGCUUGGCGGAUUAAAUCACCAGGGUCGUGUAAUGAUGCAUUACCAUUGAGUUUUUGAGUUACUAA